AAAAGAGGAAGUUGCGAAGCAGACCCUAACCUGCAGCUAGCUUUAGAUUUGAGCCGCCCAGAGCUUUGGAAAGAGGAAUAACAAGAGCAGGCGCACGUAGUAUGUUUCAAUGUUAUUAGAAAACUGUACGUUAAAUAGCUUGGAUAUGCAUAUUAGAAGGAUUUGAAAUUAGAAACGGGAAAGACCAGUUGUCGUGACCAAGAGCCACAGAAGCAUGCCUACGGCUGACAUCACGCUAACGCAAAUUAUGCCUUCAUCCUUCUAGAAAGGCUAACUAGUUAGCCAUCCGCUGCAACGUUAGCAACUGGUAGUUUAACAUAGAAAUGGCAGACAUUUAAUGGCGAUUAAUGCUGCACGCCGACCCGGUGCUGGAGGAGUAAUUGCUGUCUAGAUUCUGUUUAAAUACGAAAUCAUACGGUUGACUUAACGGUAAAUGUAACACGUUAGACGACAAUGCAGCUAGCCGUUCUGGUAGCUGAUUCAAAGUUGAGCCUAUUUUUUUGGCAUUUUUAAAAACUAGUUUUACUAAAAGACAGUGAAAGUAGUUGCCGAAUUCAAAAGGAAAAAAAGCAACUACGCCAGCCUGUAUGCAGAGACUCGAGCUAAGCAGUUCGGCAGAGCAUGAUGCACACCCUUUGCGGUUACGUUAGCCACCGACACCUUUGCUAACGCUAGCUACGGAAUUGACUAGCAAGAGAACAAAUGCUGGAUCCCUACAGUUAUUAAUCAACGAUUAAGUUGACUAAAGGAAACACCAGAGCCAGCUGAAAAUGGCUUCAGAGGAGUCAUCCCUGCGUGCGCUGGAGAGCCUGAUGACAGAGUUCUUUCACACCUGCACAACCAAUGAAAGGAAAAGGGAAAUAGAAGAGCUUCUGAAUAACUUUGCACAGCAGGCCGGAGCAUGGCGCCACUGCUUGUUCUUCCUCUCCAAUACUCGGAACGAGUACGUGAUGAUGUACAGCCUCACAGUAUUCGAAAACCUGGUGAACAAAAUGUGGAUCGGUGUGGCCUCACAAGACAAGAUGGAGAUUCGUAACUGUCUGCCCAAACUCCUGCUGGCCCAGCACAAAUCUGUUCCCUAUUUCAUCCGUAACAAACUCUGCAAAGUCAUCGUGGAUAUUGGCCGCCAGGAUUGGCCGAUGUUCUACCACGAUUUCUUUACAAACACCCUUCAGCUGAUCCAGACCCCAGCUCUGGCUCCGCUGGGGUUGGUGAUGUUAAAAACCACGUCAGAGGAACUUGCGUGUCCUCGAGAAGAUCUCAGUGUUGCCAGGAAAGAUGAGCUCCGGAAGCUGCUGCUGGAGCAGGUACCCACAGUGCUCGGACUGUUGACUGGUAUUUUGGAGACCUACUGGGACAAGCACAGUGUCAUAGCUUCUACCCCACCUCCCUCACCCACCUCUGGGGAAAGUGUGGAAUUGCUGGGCAGUUUAUUUCAGGGCAGCCAGUACUCAAAGCUGCUUUGUCAGCCCAUGGCAGCACUGGACAAUGAGAGCCAUCAGCUCUGUUGUCUUGUAUUGGAGUGUUUGGCCCACCUGUUCAGCUGGAUCCCCCUGUCCACAAGUAUAACGCCCACCCUGCUGGCGUCCAUUUUCCAUUUUGCACGAUUUGGGUGUGACCUACGGACAAAGACAAAGGCGGGAACUUUCAUCUCCACCUCCUCGAAUGGACAGCCCAACGCCGGGACAGUGCCACCGACCUCCAACGGAGAGGGGCAGAACAGACAGCAGAGUGAGGGGACUAAGGUUGAUCGUGCUCGGCUUGGUGUGCUCGCCAUGACCUGUGUCAAUGAACUGGUGUCAAAGAACUGCGUGCCAGUGGAUUUUGAGGAGUAUCUGCUGCGAAUGUUCCAGCAGACAUUCUUUCUCCUGCAGAGGCUGACACGAGAAAACAACGCUCACACAGUCAAGAGCCGCUUACAGGAACUGGAUGAGGGUUACUUGGAAAAGUUCACAGAUUUUCUGCGCCUCUUCGUCAGUGUUCACUUGAGGAGAAUUGAGUCGAGUCCUCAAUUCCCUAUUGUAGAAUUUCUCGGCCUGCUUUUCAAGUACACCUUCAAACAGCCUACACAUGAGGGAUACUUUGCCUGUUUGGACAUUUGGAGUGUGUUUUUGGAUUUUCUGACAACCAAAAUCAAAAGCAGGCUGGCAGACCGAGACAGUGUCUUGAAUAGGUACAAAGACGCCUUAGUUCUUCUUUUAAGGGAAGUUCUGAAUCGCAUUCAGUUCCGAUACAAUCAGGCCCAGCUGGAGGAGCUGGAUGAUGAGACUCUGGAUGAUGAUCAACAGACCGAGUGGCAAAGGUACCUACGUCAGAGUCUGGAGGUGGUUGCCAAGGUGAUGGAGCUGCUUCCAUCCCAUGCUUUCUCUACUCUGUUUCCAGUUCUUCAAGAAAAUUUGGAAGUAUACCUGGGUCUGCAGCAGUUUGUUGUCACCACUGGCUCCAGCCGUAGGCUGAAUAUCACAGCAGAGAAUGACUGCCGGCGCCUUCAUUGCUCUCUUAGAGACCUCAGCUCACUCCUUCAAGCUGUCGGACGUCUGGCUGAACAUUUCAUAGGAGAGGUCUUUGCUGCCCGUUUCACAGAUGCACUUGCAGUGGUGGAGAGACUGGUGGAAGUGACUUGCUAUGGCUCUCAGAUGAGUCUUUAUGACCUGGAGACAGCUGUGCCGUCUGUGCUCAAGCCUGACCUCACUGACGUACAUGCACAGGCCCUUGCUGCUUUGCAGGCUUACUCUCACUGGCUCGCACAGUUCUACAGUGAAGUUCACAGUCAAAACCAGAGGCAGUUCAUCAACCUCAUCACGUCAGCAGUAAAUGCCAGUUGCCCACUCAUCACUGCUAAGGUACCUGAAAAGUUGCUUCUGUCAGCGUGUCACCUGAUGGUUUCCAUAACCUCUACUGUGAGGCCUGUGUUCUUGGUCACUUUGCCAGCUGUUCAAAACAUUUUCAACCUAAUCACUGCCGAGAAUCAGACCAACAGACUUCUCCAAGAGGCUCACAUGCUGGUGUGUAGGGCUUUAUCCAACAUGCUACUGCUCCCAUGGCCCAAUUUGCCAGAGAGUGAGCAGCAAUGGCAAACCCGCUCCAGCAGCCAUGCCAACCUCGUGGCGGCACUCACCCGAGAAUAUCGCAUUCUCAGAGGGACAAUGAGCAUCAAUACACGCCAGCCUGGUGUAGAUAAUGUGAAAGCAGUCAUCCAGCAGAGCCUGCCUGUGCUCAGAGACAUGGUGGACAGCAUCUCCGGUGAAUCCACCAAAUCACGACAGAUCUGUUACCAGAGUCUGCAGGAGUCUGUCCAAGUCACCCUGAACCUCUUCCCAGUCUUCAUUCAGCAGCCUGAUGUCACAGAUGAGAUGUUGGCCUUUUUCCUGACGUUGUUUCAAGCCUUGCGAGUCCAGAUGGGCGUUGCCUUCACAGGACAGAUCAUCCACACUUUCCUGAGCAUGUUCACCAGGGAACAGCUGGCAGCCAGUAUUUUGCACGAGGGCAGCGCCGGCUGCAGAGUGGUGCAAAAGUUCCUGAAAAUCCUGCAGGUGGUGGUGCAGGAGCCUGGUCAGGCUUUCAAGCCGUUCCUGCCCAGCAUCCUCUCUUUGUGCAUGGAACAGGUCUACCCCGUUGUAGCAGAGCGACCUUCUCCAGACGUCAAAGCAGAGAUGUUUGAGCUUCUAUACCAAAUACUUCACCAGAACUGGAGGUACUUCUUCAAAGCGUCAGUCUUAACAACUGUCCAGAGAGGACUGGCAGAAGACACCAUGGAGAAUGAGAGCCAGUUCACGGCUGCCAUGCAGGCUUUUGGACAGUCGUUCCUGCAGUCUGACAUCCACAUCUUCAAGCAGAAUCUCUCCUAUUUAGAGUCACUUAACAGCAAGCACAAGCUGUAUCACAGAAAGCUCUUCCGGACCUCGAUGCUCUUCCACUUCAUCAACGUGCUGCUGCAGGUCCUCCUGCACAAAAGCCACGACCUGCUCCAGGAGGAAAUCACCCUGGCUAUUUACAACAUGGCCUCUGUGGACUUUGAUGCCUUCUACUCGGCUUUUAUGCCAGAGUUCCUCAACGGCUGUCAUGGCGUAGACUCCAGCCAACGAGCUGUUCUCGCACGCAAUUUCAAGCUUGAACAGGCAAGAGCUGAUUUUGACUUGCCUUCGUUCACGCAGAGCGUGCAGCGGCUGGUAAAUGAUCUUCGCUACUACAGACUGUGCAAUAGCAGCUUGCCCACUGGCACCAUCAAGCUAUAGUACAAAGGCUGCUGGAACCACUUCACACAUCAACUAUGAUCUUCAAGGACUGCCUGUGCUGACCACUUAACCCGACACUCCUCGAGUUCAGCUGUGCUCCCCUCGCUCAGAGUAGCGAGGAGCGGAACAUUGUUUUGGUUGAGUAACGGGAGGUGGAGGAUGCUGCUGAUUAUUUUCUUUGACUUCUACUGUAAAAGGUUGGCACAGUUGUUGUAUUUUGUUUUUUGUUUUUUAAAGUGGUGCCCUCCUUGCGUAUCGCCAGUGAAAAUUUGGUGAGAAAUGUACACCCCUGGUCGGCAGGUGGUAUCUGCCCAGACCCAGAGCAGUCUGAGCCAGGCCUUCUCUCCCACGCCACUGCUACAAAGCUGAGCUGGGACUGAGCACUUUCAACUCAUUUUGAGUUUUUUAAAUGUCUGCUUUUAUCAUUUUGCCUUUUUCAUCUCCAAAGGAGACAGACUCUCAACUUAAGAUCUUUCAUAUCAUUCCAUUCUGAAAAAGAGAAAAAUCUGCUUGAUAAAUAAAGUGCU